AAUCACACUCCGAAUUAGGAACGCCAAUUAGCGAUAGAAUGACUUUGUUUGGAGUGCUCGUGGCCGCACCCUCUCCUCGGCUCCCUUUUACGGCGAGGGAUGACUAGCAGUGGCAGAGUAAGACCCGAUGCAGCGUAGAAAAACAGUCGCCAGUGCACGGUAGGAGCCACCUGGACGGCCGGAUCCGGACGACGACGUGUAGUAGAGAGACCGUAAACGAGCGCGUGUGUCAGUCUGUGUGUGUGUCGGUCCCCAGACGCGAUCGGAUGUCAGAUCUGCCGCCGGGUGAUCAAGAUCGAGCAGCGCCGCCGUCUUCGACCAGGACCAGAAACGUCGCCGCCAACAGCGCAGCAGCAGCAGCAACCGAGGGGAUGAAGGGAAACGGAUUCGGAGACCGGGCGAGGCAGCUCACCGAGUGGUUCCAGGCGUGGAACAGUUGCGAGCAGACGAUAGCGCUCUACUCGCUCCUGAGCAAGGUGAGCGCUGUCCAGGCGCGCUUCCUCUCCCUGGUCCUCGAGCACUCCCUGAAGAACGGCUACGAUUCGAAGGAACUGACCCGCCUAGAGAAACUGGCCAACGAUGCGACUUUCCUGAGCUCCCUCCACAGCCAAACAGAAGACCAAGCCCUGAGUCGACUACUUACCUACCUACCUCUCCUGCACCCGGGAAACAUUGACGCAAGGAAGGAGUACAUGCAUCUCCUCCCCAAAGUCCUUCUCAGUUCCAGCGAGACACACAAAUACCUUGACCAAUGCCGGCAGCUUCUUUCCCUGGCGCUCGUCCACCCGGCUUUCCCGCAGAAAGACAGAGACACCCUCACCUUCUGGCUAAACAAACUUGAUGGUAAACAUGUUCCCCCGAGGAAAAUAGUCUCUCUUCCGCUCGCCACCUCUUCUCAACUCACCGCCACGGCCAGCCCUCCUUCCUCUUCCUCUUCCUCUUCUUCCGCCAGCCCGCACAAGAAAGUCCGCCAGAUUAAGACCGAAGAGAGUUCGUCAGCUCUCGGGAACGGGGACCUCAUGAUCGACGGUUACAUCGGACCAGUUUCAAACGGGUUCGACAUCUCGUGUGACCCACCCACCGCCACCUCCCCUCACCCUCCUCCCCUUCCCCGCUACAUGCACACCCUGGAGGAGGUCGACAAACGCGUCACCCUUCCCCCAAACCUCACUGCACACGAGGUGCUCCAGUUGGGCAAGGCGCUGCACAAAUCCACCACUCUCCCAGCCCGCACUGCCCACUACCUCAGUCCAUCUGCCUGCGGGCUGGGGGACGACAUUGCUUUUAUCGAGUGGAACCUUGGAAUGAAAGAUGUGCCCAUGUGGUUGAAGUCCCUAAGACUACACAAGUAUGCCCAGUUGUUUGCUCCACUCACCUACGAAGACAUGCUCAAGAUUACCGACGAAUUCCUCGAGGAAAAUAAUGUGACUCAAGGUGCUCGCAAGAAGAUAAUGCUGAGCAUCUGUCGACUGAACAAGAGACCAGAGACUCUGCUUGAGAUUGAGCAGGACAUGGAGAAGCACAGUCGUCUGCUGCCCUGCAUUCAAGAGAUGAGACAGAUGCUGCAGACACCCAUGAAGCCCUACACCAAGCCAGACACGUCCGCUGGGGAGGGAGACGGGGAGAGAGAGGGAGAGGAGAGGAAGGCCGAGCGGAGUCAUCUGCGACGACGUGGCGAGGCAAGAAGAGAGGACAGACUCCCCGAGGAAAAGGAAGAAGACAAGGCUGCAUGCUCCGGAGACGAGGACGCAGGUAACGAGGACAGCAGUGGGGAGGAGGGAAGUGGGUCGCCGGGGCAACACUCCAGCUCCGACCCGGGCAGCGAUCUGGACGAGCUGCUCACCAAAGAUUUCCCCACGGAGGACCUCCCGUCCCUCAUCAGCAGAGCAAUGGGCAAAGCCUACAGCCAGCUGAUGAUGCACACAGACACAAACGAAGACAAUCUCAGUGCCUUCAUCAAACUCCUGGACAGUGCCCUGCAGCACGAGGCGUUUACACUGGAGCAGAAGAAGCUGUUGUUUGAGUGGAAGCAGCAAUGUCAGCAGGUUCUCCGUGUCAUCACUCCAAAGAAAGCUCGCUCGGCCAGAACGUGGGGAGCAUUCACGAUCGCGGGGAUGCCGUCGUCACAGCUAAACCGUGGUCCUAGAGGCCCGACUCGCUCCCUGAGACAGGUCAGGAACGGAGGAGGAAUGCUCAGGACCAUGCCACUGGCCAGCUCCUCACGGAACAGCAGCACACUGCCUCGCGUGUCCCCCAGAAACACUGGCCCUGCCCUCCCGGCCCACACCUUCCGGCCAUUGUCCACCGUCUACCCCGCCCCUUCUCCCUCCACACCCUCUCAGAUGAACGCCCACUCCGCCCCCUUUGUCCCCGACUACCAGCCUCCCCUCACCUCCUACACCCACCUCCCUCCCUCCCACUCCCCCUCCUCCUCCUCCCACCCACACAAGCCGUGCGACCAGACCUCGUUUGAUCACCUGGCCGAAGGCGUAGCCGAGUACAUUCUCAAUGAUAUAAGUGACAGCUAAAUCAGCAUCUAAAAGAUUAUCUCGUGAUUUGAAAAAGAGACACUGACAGAAUUCAAAUUCUAGCAGCUGAAAGCCAACAAACACACAGAGCUGGACUGUGGCUUUACAGACAGUUACAUAGCAGCUCUUUCUCUGACACCCCAGCAUCAGUACACAGAUUAUUCUCAUCAUCCUUUUCUCUCAUUGGCUCUGUGAUUCACGGCUGGUCCCGCCCGUUAUUGAUAUUCACUGUUUUCGUCGCAUCACAUAUGAUUAUCUCCCUCAAGUGACUGUUGUGUGUGUCCUUUCCCCAACCCCCAGACAAAUUAAUAGGGCCUACUUUUGGUUUUGUUACAUUUGUAUUAAUUAAUGUAUGCCUAAUUCGUGUUAAGUUGUUUGUCGAGUCAUGAAGAUAUUGAUUUCCUGUGAGGUAAUGUGUUUGGUCAGUUGCGCAAUG